UUGUGCCACUGUGCGACAGUGCUCAUCGCCGCCCCCUCCGCCGAGUCGCCGACGACGACCUGAGAACAAUAUAUAUACAUAUUGUUCUCAGACGACGACGACGACACUCACAGUGUAUGGCGGUUGAACUUCAUGGCAAGUUUGCAGCUUACGGCGCGCCGCCCAUAGUUUGGUAAAGGCAAGAUGUUACAUACUAACCGACAAGCAGAGCCACCUAAGGUUACAGGGUUAUCGCCUAAGGAAGGUCCUCCAGGAACUAAGAUAAUCAUAAGAGGCGAAAACCUUGGUGUUAAUCCGCAAGAUGUAUUAGCACUCAGGAUAUGUGGGGUGGAGUGUGUGAUGACCAUGGAGUGGAUGUCAUCUAGCAAGCUGGUCGCUCGCACUGGACCCUGCAAAGGUGUCGGUGAUGUGAUCAUUCUCACCAAGUCUGGAGGAAUCGGCACCUGUACUGUCAAGUUCAGAGGAUUCUUUGUGCAAACAGGCCCUCUUCAGGAGUCAGCCGUAUGGGUGGAUGAGUCCAGAUUGUUUGACAAGCAGAAGAGCAGGAGGGUGCAAUCGCCUAUUGUCUCCCAGGAAGAUCCUCUAGGCCUGUCAGAUGAAGCAACUCACAAGAAGAUCUCCGAACAUGAACUGGUAGAGUUAUUUCCCGAAGGAUCUGGAAAUCUCAAUAGUGAUGAUUUCGUAGCUCAGUGGUUUCUGGUAGAAAAUCACCAAGGAUCCAGUUUUGAUGACCUAAAGGCGGGUCUGACACACAUGCAGAGACGUAGGACACACACGCUCGAUGGACCAGCAUCUCUUGUGAAGGACAACCUAGAUUCAUUCACUGAGUGCAUAAACACGCUGACAUCAUUACAGGGCAUGAUCAUGUCUGACCAGAGGGCAUCUGAAGGUCAUCUCACUGAUCAAGCUGAAGUAAUUCUCUCAGAGGCCCUCGGCAUGGCCAACGACCUGUUCCAAGACGUGCUGAAGCGACGAGACCGCGCGGACACCAUCAGAAACGCGCUCAACGUCCUGUUACGCUUCAAGUUCCUGUUCAGUCUGCCGGGAAGCAUCGAGAAGAAUAUACAGAGGGGCGACAUAGAAAUUGUGAUAAAUGACUGGAGCAGAGCAAAAUCUCUAUUUUCGGAUACUAGAGUGAAAAUAUUCACAAAUGUUUACGAUGAUGUAGAGCAAAGAAUACAAGCCCUGCAGCAGAAGUUGACAAACAAACUUUCGCAGAUUCCUGCUCCUUUAGAGGAGCAAAAAAGACUCAUCAUGUACUUAAAUGGCCUGGAGACAGCAGGCAACCCAGCCUGGCUCUGCAUAUCAAAUCAUCAUGAUUGGAUAACUAGCACUAUGGUCAGUUGUCAGGUUGACCAUAUAAAGGCUGAAAAUCAAGGAAGUGAAGACCAGCCAGAAAUCAUCAAAACUGUUUUUGGAAUAGCUGGCUACACCACUGCAGGUGGACAUGCGGGCGGGCAGGGAUCAGAGUCGGUAGCUGCAAGAUUCCGUACUCCACAACGUGUACUAUUUGUUGAGGAAUUGACGGAAAUAUUGAUGCAACAUCUGCCUGACAUGUACAAGCUCGGACAAUCAUAUUUGGCUGGAGAACUGAAAAAUAUCACAUCUAGUCGGUAUGGAAAAGAAGAUUCCACUGCAUUCACUGCUAUGAUGCAUGAUGUACUGGAGAUGUACUGCAACUUACUACGAGCUGCGUUGGUGCCAAACAGUCUGAAAUCAGCUGGAGCCGGUAGUGCUCAGCAACUCGUGGGGUGGCAGACCACUCAUCAGGAGAUGUACACAGAUUGGAUUCCACACUGUGUUAGAUACGUGAGGUCGUGCUACUCCUCCCUGCGUGCCAUGGACCUAGCAGGAGACCUGACAGGGAUAGUGGAACGUCUCGUGUCCGACAUGCGCAUCCAGUGCAUGGCAGCACUCUUUCAGAAAGCAUCCGAGGAGAUCAGAUGUCUGUAUCUGCAGGAAGAUUGGGUUCUUGAUGUCGAUGACACUACUGGAGCCACAACGAAUCUGCCCCAGAAGUAUGAAAAUAUUGUUCUGGAAUGUCUACAGAUACUACAGGACGUUCUAACCCCAAGUGUCCCUGGAGAGCAAGAGAUUCUUACGAACAGAGCGUCGCAGAAGGAUUUGUCUACGAUGUGUGUGAACCUCCUGCAGUCAUUCAUUCCUACUCUGCAGAAACUCACAUCUAAAGACGUAGAGAAACGUUGCAAAGCCAGCCAGGCUGAAUUUCUCACACAAACGGGGGAAGAAUUACCCAACACGGACGUCAGAUUGCUGAUAGUACUGGCCAACUGCAACCUGAUUGUGAGCCAGAUUUUGCCCCGUCUCAUAGAAAGCUUUGACAAGUAUGGAUACCCAGCAGCUGGGGAGAUACACGAGGCUGUGAAGCUCAGGUUUGAGGAUCUGAACACGAAGCUGAUUUCUGCUUACGUUGAGAGGAGAGCGGACCCCAUCGUUGGAGCCAUUGAGCAGAACAUGUACAUCGGUCACUUCAGCUGGACAGAGUCAUUCAAACCAUCAGAGGUAAGCGGAUACCUGAAGGAACUACUUUUCAGCAUGGUGGCCAUACAUGCGGAGGUGCAUGCGACUAGCCCUGCCUCCCUCUACGUGAUCAUGUCGCGAUCACUGCAGGCAAUUGCUGGCGAGCUCGCACGGCUUUUCUCCUGCGUAACUCGGUUCAGCGAAGGAGGGGCGCAGCAGGCUUGCCUGGACCUUAUAGGCUUGCAGGGAGCAACAAUGGCAUACCAGUCAGCGACAUCUAAAACUUGCUUCACAGAGGCUAUGGCCUGCUUGCCUGAAAAAUCAGCCAAUGACGAAGUAUCUGGCAAGCUGAUGGACAAAUUCAAGAGGAGCAUGAAAUUCCAGCUAAUAUGCUUCCAGGGAGAACUGAUUAAGAUGUGAGAAAAGUGUUUUGCUUGUUUUCUUCUGCAUGUUAUUUGUCAUCCUACCAAUCAUGCAUGCAGAUGUUAGUGGUAAAUUAAAUACUAUAAACUAUACCCCAGCGUAAUAUACGCAGCCCAUUGUUGUUUUCAAACACGUUUACAUAUUUAUUUUUCUCGUACACCAAAUGGCAGAGGUAAUUACACGCUAUUUGGACAGCACAACACACUUAUAAUAAUUUAUAGAUAGUGGGAUAUAUAUAUGCAUACCAUUUUCAGCUGAUUUUGAUAAUUGUAAAGAAUGAGUUAGCUCCCAUUGUAAAUUAAGUAUAUGCCAAUAAAAAUGUAAUUAAAUAAAUUCA